UCAGUUUUUUUUAAAAAAAAAAAGAAAUUGCUCUCUACGUUUUGCAAGGGAAGUCAGCACCAUACAACUGCAACCCUUUCAGAAAAAAAAACCCCACAGAUACUUUUUUUUUUUGAUUUGGGUAUCCAGUGCCAUCCAGAUAUUCAGGAGACUCGUCGCCCUUUGUUUCUGGCGAUGAUGCAGUGGAAUGUGCUUGUGCUGGUGUUCACACUGACUUCCUUGCACACUGCUCGGGCUGAUUGUACCAGUCAGUGUUCAGUCUGUAGCUCCGUGCUGGACAGCUCCAUCGACCCUCUGAUCUGCACUUUAGAGUGCGAGGGGGUGGAACUGUCCGCCAGAGAGUGGGAGAGAUGUGAGAAAGCUCUUCAUACAUACAAGCUCGACAUCUUGGGCAACGAUAACGAGGCUUUCACCAUCCCAAAUGCUGAAGAAAAGGAAGGGGAGAGUGAAGAGGCGCUGCUUGGAAAACAGUACGGAAAUCUUCUGAAGCCCUACGGGAGCUUCCUGAGGAAGCUGGACAAGAAUCGCCUUUAUGCUAAAGCACUGGCGCAACACGAUACGAACGACAAAGGGAGAGUCCCUAAAAAGUACAGAGAGUAUCUGAAAAAGUUUGGAGAAAGAAGUGUCCCUGUAUUGGAAAAAGGCUCGCGGGAACUUACUGACGCAACCGAGGAUCUGUCCGAAGAAAACGGCGACGGCCCUGAGCCCCAAGAGCGCUACGGAGGAUUCACGAAAGGCUUCGGCUACAAGAGAAGGGCAGAGCCGGGCGAUGGGGAAAAUCAAGACGUAGCGGAUCUUCAAAAGAGAUAUGGAGGAUUCAUGCGAAGAGUCGGCAGACCACGGUUUAAAUGGGACAACCAAAAGAGGUACGGUGGCUUUCUGAGACGUCAUUUCCGAGUUUCAGUCAGAUCAGAUGAUGAUGCCGAUGCUUACUCGGAAGAGGUUUCAGACCUAUAGAAAAGCCAAAGGGAUUGAAGACUACACGUGAAAGUACAAACUGCCAAGAUGGAUAGUACCAUUUAAACUGUAACUGUGUUGUUUUUUGAAUGUACAGAUAUUUUUGCUAUUAAGUUUACAACAGGAGUCGAAAAGGGCAACUGAAUCGAUUGGUCAAUGCAUUCUGUUGUGUCGUAACAUUUGUGAAUCCGAUUUAAAAAAAAAGAAUCGUCUCUAAACUAUGAACGGUUCAGC